AGGUCAGAAGGUAAACACAUUAGUAGCGCCUUGCCCUUCAAACAAAAGUUUAAAAUAAAAUUUUAAAAAAAAAGAAGAAGACAAAAACUGAAACAAAGUUUGGACGUGGACGGCUUUCUUCCGCUCCUUCUCUUCCGCCGUUCCGCCGCAGAGAGCAGAGGGCGCCCCGGGGGUGACGUGUGGUCGGUGCUGCUGGAGGAGCAGCGUGUGUCGGCGGAGGGAGAGUAACGCUUUGUGUUUGGAGCGUCGGAACAAAGGCUGCGCGUUUCUCUCCUUUCCCGUUCCCCUGUGAGCCUCACUCCACAGAAACACCGCCGGUUUCUGCUUCAACAAAGACAAGUGCUCGGGACCGUGAAGGUGGCGGGGUGCUGAAAGCUGCAGGUGAGGGCUGAUCUCCAGUCAUGACCCCGGGGAAUGGGAACAAUGCGCCCACAGUGACUGGCAGCACCCCACAGAAUGGCAGAAGCAAACUGUCCCAGGCCAUAGUCAAGCAGCACAUCCUCACGCAUGUUAUUGAGGGAUUUGUUAUCCAAGAAGGCGCCGAGCCUUUUCCUGUGGAACGUCCAUCUUUCUUGAUUGAGAGACUAAGGAAACACAAUCAGCUCUCCAGGAGACCGAGUCAGACGACUAAUUCAGUGAUGGAGCACCUUUCUCCCCUCGAGGUGAAAGCACAGCAGGAGGAGCCCAUGUUGACCUGUGAGCUGUGUGGAAAGGUGGAUUUUGCUUAUAUCUUCAAAAGGUCCAAGAGGUUCUGCUCCAUGGUGUGCGCUAAACGCUACAAUGUGGGAUGCACAAAACGAGUAGGUCUCUUCCCAAACCGUAAAACUAUGGAGAAUCUAAAGAAACAGACACAGCUCAAUAGAAAUCCCAAAAACUCAACCUCCGAGACUAAAAAGAAGACUGCUGCUUCAGUCCACAAACCUGCUGCUACUUUGUCUUUUGGCCACUCAGUUCGCCUCUCACAGGACGAAUCCACCCACUGUUUGAACAUGUCCAGCUAUCAACUACCCCACUCCCCCACUUUGGCUGCCAGCUCAGCUUCCCAUGGCAGCCGAGGCACCGCGCACUCUGAGCUAGCCGUCCUGUCUCACAGCUUUCUACCCAGCAACCCUGGCAAGUGGAACGUGGAAAAUGUGUACGAGUUCAUCUGCUCUCUGCCAGGUUGCUUGGAGAUAGCAGAGGAGUUUCGUUCACAGGAGAUUGAUGGACAGGCUCUUCUUCUGCUGAAGGAGGACCACCUCAUGGGAACCAUGAACAUCAAACUGGGCCCAGCGCUCAAAAUCUUUGCUCAGAUCAGCAUGCUGAAGGACUCGUAACCCCGGAGACACCCGUUUAAACUCUCACACACUUCUUGACUGCACAAACGAGACAUGCUCAGAAAUCGCAGGGGUCACCGAUCUCAGACCAGUUUAGGAGGCUUUAGUUUGACAAGCUUCCAAAUAUCUUCAAUGCCUACUGACUACAGGACACCACACUGUUUGAUGGGUUAAACUGACAGUAUCAGGCAAACCUUACCAAGCUGUGAUGUCAUUUUCCCCAAAAACAAAAGUGUGCUAGAAAGUGUUCAUUGAUAUUUUUGUUUGUCUUGUGUGAAGACAGUCCUCAUGUAUGGUGCUCGAGGUGAACAGUUGAUUUGGUAGUGCUGGUUUUUCCUAGAGAAUUAGGACUGUGUCCCGGUUCCUUAUCACUGUGUUUCUUUUGUGGUUCUUUAAGUUGAAUAUCCUGGAUGAAAUGACAAGGUGGUCGAUGAAAAUAGUUAAAAUCUUGUCUUUUUACUUGAUCUUUUUGUAUAACGCCAGCCUUAAACAA